GCAGAAGAAGAAGACAAUAACAAAGAAUUGUUGAUUUUUGUUUAUUGGUAGUUUUAAGUUUUGAUAAUAAUAUGUCUGAAAAGGUGAAUGCACGUUGCACAUGGGCACAGACCGCUGGCAAACCCCAUUGGCAAACGACACUGGUCCCAACGCGCCUCUCCGACGACGACGUCUUCCAAAAGCCCGAUUUGGAUGACGUUAUCAGUGAGGAGCGUGCUGUGCUUUUGUCCAACAAUGAUUGCCCCACAAUUCCGUGUGAGAUGCAAUUUCAAAUAGCGCCCAGUUUUAAAAUUGCCGCUUUGACGCUCGUUUGCAGCGCACCCAAAGUGGAAAUCUUUGUGGGUCCAAGCCAGGAGUACCUGGAGACUGUCUACGGCAUACCCGUGGAGGAGGAUGAUGGCGAUGUACCCAUCAAGCCGUAUCGCUACGAUGUGGAAAUCGAUCGUUCUGGCAUUGCUGAAAUAAAUCUCAAAUUGCUUACCUCGGCAAAAGAGAUUUGCAUUUAUGGUGCCAUGUUGCACAUAGCACCGAAUCCCAAUGGGAUUACCACACAGCUGCAAAGGCCAUUUGAUAUACAGAAAAUACAGGAGCUGCUGAACAAAGGCGGCACCAGCACCAGCAGAUGUGCUCAAAAUCCCAGCGAGAACAACGAUGAAAAGAUGCAGAAAUUCAUGUCCAUGAUGAAGGGAUAUGUUGGCCACAUCCAACCACAGUUGCCUGUUCCUGCGUCUGCUUCUGCUCCUGCUCCUGCUGCUGAUGUCGCUGUUAACAGUCUCAGUCAACAUAUCGACUCCAAAUUCGUCGAAUUGGAACGCACAAUUUGUAAAAGGCUAGACGAAUUUGAGGCACAGCAAGCAGCCAAGUUGGAUCGUAUUAUCGCUUUGCUCGAAGACAAAAACUGAUUGAUCUAAUCAUUAUAUAUAAAUAUACCAAUAUACAGUUGUCGCUCGCAAAUUUCAAGGCUUCCAUUAUACUCUGUAAAUGAUUAUGAUUUCGAUCUUUAUCAAAGGAAUAAGCGAGAUUUAAUUUGCGAGCAAAGACUUUAUUAACAGAAUUUAAAACUAAAUCGUAGUCUAUCUUUAAUUUUUUUUAAUUUGUUUUCUAUAGUAUUCUACUGAGAGUGUUCCUUGUAAACUGGAACCUACGAAAAGUCUGUGAAAUUGUAAUUUUCCAAAAUAUAUAUAAAUGUAUCUAGA